AACUUCCUUGACUGUUAUAUACCACUUAGUCUUCUGACCAGGUGGGCACUAUCAACUACUUAGGCCAAUUCAGCCUACAGGAUCAACUUGCACAUUUCUUUAGGACGCUGUCUCUGGGGCACAGAGAACAGCAUGGGUGAGAAGCUGCCAGGGAUGCUGUUAUCCCUUCUGAUCAUCCUGAAGGUGUUUGGAUCAACAGAAGCUUCCUGCAGCAUUUCUGGUUCUUAUGCUGACUGUAGCAACCAGGGUCUGACCAGUGUUCCUCAGGACCUGCCAACAGGCAUCACUGAACUUGAUUUGUGGGGAAAUCAAGUCACAACAUUAGAUCAGUCUGAUUUCUCACGGUAUGGGAGGUUGACACAUCUAUAUCUAGGAAACACUCAUAUUUCAACAAUCAAUAGCCAAGCUUUCUUUGACUUGCCAGACUUGAUCAAUUUGAAUCUUGAUGGGAACCGCCUAUCAAGUAUCAGAUCUGACAUGUUCACAGGGCUGGGAAACUUGGAGACCCUGUCCUUAGAUGGUAAUGAGAUCAGUGAUAUUCAGACUGGGCCUUUCAAUUCAACACCUCAACUAAGAAUCUUGUCCCUGGAGAAUAACAACUUAACAAACCUCAGGUCUGACAUGUUUACAGGGCUGGGGAACUUGAAGACCCUUAUCUUACACAGUAAUGAGAUCAAUGAUGCUGGAACUUUCAAUUCAACACCACAACUGAAAUUUCUGUCCCUGUCUCAAAACAAGUUAACAAACCUCAGAUCUGACAUGUUUACAGGGCAGGGAAACCUGGAGUACCUUUGGCUGGACAAUAACGAGAUCAGUGAUAUUCAGGCUGGAACUUUCAGUUCAACAUCACAGCUGAGAACCUUGACCCUGCAUCAGAAUAGACUGACACUCUUCAAAGCAGACACAUUUGCAAACCUAACACUACUUACAACCCUCCAAUUAUACAGGAACAACAUAGCUACGUUUCCUAUAGAAGCUUUGUCAAAGCUUCCAUCACUUUCUGGGCUUCAGCUUCAGGACAACCAAAUGGUGACUCUGCCAUCAACAGCCUACAACAGACUGUUAUCACUCUCUUAUGUAAGCAUUGACAACAACCCGUGGCAGUGUGACUGUAGGAUGCUUCCCUUCAGGCAAAAGAUGACUGGGUCUCAUUUAAUUGAAAACCAAAUCACAUGUGAAGGACCCAGCAACUUCCAUGGGCAAAGGCUUAAAGAUAUCAAUCCUGAAGAUCUGAUGUCAAACUGUGAAGAACCAACAAUAGUGAGGUUUGGGAAGAGUGACAAUAACACAGUCAUAGAGGGAGAGACACUCCGCUUGGUCUGUGAAGUUUCAGGAAUCCCCACACCAGACAUCACAGUCACCCUCCCAUCUGGACUGAAUGUAUCUGUUGAGUCAGGCGGGAGGGUGACUGUGGAUGUGAAUGGUACCAUCACCAUAACCAAUGUUACUGCAGCAGCAGACGCUGGUCUGUAUGUCUGUGUUGCAACAAGUUCUGUUGUUGGCUCGACGUCAGCAACACUACUUGUAGAUAUCCAACUGAAAGUAGCCACAACUGGUAAUGUCAAAACAGUUACCACAACCGGAAUAGUCAAGACAAUGACUACAACUGGUAUAUUGAAUACAGCCGCCACAACUGGUACAGUCAAUAUAGUGGGCACAAUUGGUAAAGUAACUACAGUAGCCAAAACUGAAACGAUCACUACAGUGGCCACAAGUGGAACUUUGUCACCAGUAACUUCACCUCUUGCUAUGACUGGUGCCUUAAACAAACCAGAAAGUAGUACAACUUUCUCCCUCCCUGUUCUCAUUGGUUCUGUGUGUGGCUCAGUAGCAGGUACUGUCCUCGUUGUUACCAUCAUUCUCAUAAUCUGGCGCAGGAGAAAGACCCAGAACCCUCCCUCAGGCCCAACCCCCCCAGUUGUUUUCAGUAGCGCAGCAGCUAGUGUCACAAUUAGGGAUGGGUACCAGUAC